CCCCUCACGGUGGAAGGUAAAAGAAGGACGAAAAGCGACUCUGUCCUCCACUUGUAGAACAGCACAACUGCCUGAAGUUUAGCCAACCAAGGCAGAUGAAAACAAGGAUUUACUUCUGCAGCAGAGACAGAAAACUCGCCAGGAUUUCAAUCUCCAUAGAAAGUGUAUGGUACACAUACACUGAUUUUGGAGCUGCUCCCAUUCUCUGAUCGUUUCUGUAUGAGCCGUGCUGUUUAGGAGCUCUUUUAUUUGUUAGAAAGCCAGUGAGUCAGGAGCUGACCAUGUCAUGGGACUGUGGUCUCAAGUACAUGUUCUCCAUGUCCCCUGCUCUGCAGCAGGGCAACAAAUGCAUCCUGCAUGACAAGGAGGAACUGUCCAGACUCGAAAUGGUCCAGAAACUAGCAAAGGAUGGCUGUCGCUUCCUGCAAAAUCAUGGCAAGGGACCAGAGGUGACAAGUGAGCCACAGAGUGACGAGGCAGUGCGUCUGUGUGUGAGAGAGAGGGGCCAUGAUGUGCUCGUGUUCCAGAGAGUGUCGUCAGAGCUCACUGCAUCUGUGAGGGGAGGAGGGAGGGACGAGGCAAAGAACAGGAGGUACGUGGUGGUGUCAGGGACCCCCGAGAAGAUUCUGGAGCACUUGCUGAAUGGCUUGACCCUGGAGGAUGACCGCGGGACAACGCAGGGGAAAGAAUCAGAAACACUUCUGGAUGACUUCCUGCUAACCUACCCAGUGUUCAUGUCCACCAGCGACUUAUGCCAAGCUCUUCUUGGACACUACUGCACCAAGCGACACAGAGGCAAGGACGGUGCACAGGAAGCUCUGGGAAGGAAACAGAAAGUUCUGCACCUGGUGUCGCAGUGGACGUCUCUCUGUAGAGACUUCCUGCGAGAGGACGAGAACGUCAAAGUUUUCCUGAAGGCGUUGUAUCGAUGCGUGUACAAAGAUCUAUAUGAGCACCCGACCCUGGAGAAGGAGGUGCAGGAGCUGCAGAAACUCUACCAGCUGCAUCGCAGACAUGCAGCGGACGACGAGUCGCCUCACAGAAACAGCAAAACCCUUUUCCACCAGCUGAGUUUAAAGGAGAGCAGGCUGAGGUCCAGAAGCCCGCAGAGGAGGGCCAAGGAGGUUCUGUGUCGAGUGUACGUCACCGUGGACUCGUACCUGAGCGUGAAGAUCAGCGGGGGGGCAGCAGCUCAGGAGCUGCUCCAAGCGGUGGCCGAGAGGAUAGGCGUUCCUCAGGCAGAGCUGAUGCUUGUGGCCAUUACGUUUCCAGGAGGUAGACUCCUCCUGCAGCCUCAGGACAGAGUCUUCUCCUCGUCGCUACGCUCUGUAGGGAGGCUCCACGUCUGCAGGAGGGACCUUGGUGAAGUCCUGAACCUGUUUACAGACAACUCAGAGCUGGAGCAGAGGACAGCUCACCUGCUGAGUUUAAACACCUGGGAUGUGGCUGUUGCCCUCACCAGCUUCGACUGGACCAUAUUUACCUCGAUGCAUGAGCAGGAGCUGGUGUACUUCACCUUCACCCGUCAUGUUUGCAGCAACCAGAACACUGCACUGGAGCUGCUGCUGCAGCGCUGCAACGAGGUGCAGCUGUGGGUGAUGACCGAGGUGCUGCUGUGCUCAACGCUCUGCAAAAGGGUCCAGCUCAUCAAGAAGUUCAUCAAGAUAGCUGCUCACUGCAAAGCACAGAAGAACCUCAACAGCUUCUUCGCCAUCAUUAUGGGCCUGAACGCUGCAGCUGUCAGCCGCCUCAGUCAGACGUGGGAGAAAAUUCCUGGAAAGUUUAAAAGGCUGUUUUCAGAGCUGGAGACAGUCACGGAUCCUUCACUGAACCACAAGGCCUACAGGGACUCCUUCAAGAAGAUGAAGGCGCCAAAGAUUCCCUUUCUCCCUUUGCUGCUGAAAGACAUCACAUUCAUCCACGAAGGCAACAGGACGUUUCACGAUAACCUGGUUAAUUUUGAGAAGCUGCACAUGAUAGCAGACAUGGCGCGGCUCAUCCGGCAGUGUCAGGCAGAUCCCGUGGGAAACGGAAUCACCCAGAAAAGCAGCUCAGAAGUUCAAGCCUACGUCGAUAACCUUCAUGUCAUUGACAAUCAGCAGACUCUGUUUGAGCUGUCACACAGAACGGAGCCUCGCGCUUAGACAAAAGCUGUUUCUUCUGUUCUUCCCUCUGUCAAAUUGCCAAGGAUCAACCCAUCACCGUCUCGUCUCGUCUCGUUAUCGCUCAGGACUCAGACAGCAAUCACAGGAAAGGAACCCGAUCCUGGCUGAACACAGGAUGGGGCCCCUGAAUCACAACGCUGUCGCUGUAGUAACAUAAACAAGCACAUUUUAGGAAAGCUUCAGAAAGUGUUUGCAUAGAUCCUCAAUCGUGACUGAUCACAGCCAUCCAACAGCAGCCCUGCAGAGCCAGAACGUUCAACCACAACAACAGCAGAAGGCUCGAGCUUCUAGUUUAUCAAUCCAGCCGAACUAGAAGCUGAUGCUGCUGUCUGGCUUCUGUCCUGCAGAGGGCAGAGGUUUGCUGUGAUGGAGCUGAUCUGCAGCGAACAGCUUCCCUUUGUGGGGAAUGAACACCCUGCCUCAGAUUACAGCUGGCACAGUCCUCCUGGAGCACUGAUGCUGAACCUGGGUACAUCGAGAGGUGUAGACGGGUUUCAUGGAGGGUCUUCUAACAUAGACACUGUUCAAAUGGCCGCAGCAGUAGUUUUAUUAGAUUUAGCCAAAGAGUAUUACACACACACACACACACACACACACACACACACACACACACACACACACACACACACACACACACACACACACACACACACACACACACACACACACACACACACACCUCUUUCUGGUUAACAAUUAAUCUUUACAGAUGCAGCAUUUUAGAUGGGGCUCUGAACACGAGUCAGGAGCCGGCAGCGUGUGUGGUUUACUGUGACUCAGUGUGAGCGUAAUAGCUGCAGACAAAUAAAUCCAGUAAUGAAAACAGGAACUGCUCAUGGUUUUUAAAACUUCCACAAAAGAAACUUCUAGACAAUCAGAUAAAUAAAUCAGGAUUUGGCUUUAACUUUUAGCUGAGUGGUGAAUAAAUGAAUCUAAGCAGCAAAAAAAAAAAAAAAA